CCGGCGCGCCGGGGCCGAGUGAUUUGCUAGCGCGGUUGAGGAGGAGGAGAAGCGGUAGUAACGCGGCUCCGGGCCCGGCGAGGACGGCCCAAGGGCAGCCGCGGUCCAUCCCCGGGAGUGCAGGAGCCAGGCCGCCACCAUGGCCUCCUCCAAAUCGCUGUCCCGCUUCUGGGAGUGGGGCAAGAACAUCGUCUGCGUCGGGCGCAACUACGCGGAGCACGCCAAGGAGAUGGGGAGCGCCCUGCCCCGGGAGCCCCUCUUCUUCCUCAAGCCUUCCUCGGCCUACGUGAGGGAAGGGUCGCCCAUCGUCCGGCCCUACUACAGCUCCAAGCUGCAUCACGAGGUGGAGCUGGGAGUGGUGAUCGGUAAGAGGGCCCAGGCUGUGCCCCAGGAGGCUGCCAUGGAGCACGUGGCAGGUUACGCUCUCUGCUUGGACAUGACGGCCAGGGACACGCAGGAGGAGUGUAAGAAGAAAGGUCUGCCCUGGACCUUGGCCAAAGGUUUCAGUUCGUCGUGCCCAGUCAGUGACUUUGUGCCCAAGGAGAAGAUCCCAGACCCUCACAAGCUGAAGAUCUGGCUCAAGGUGAAUGGGAAGCUGAGGCAGGAAGGGGAGACCUCCUCCAUGAUCUUCUCCAUCCCUUAUCUGAUCAGCUACAUCAGUGAAAUAGUCACCCUGGAAGAAGGAGACUUGAUUCUGACAGGGUCUCCCAAAGGGGUUGGGUCCGUGGAGGCCAACGAUGAGAUAGAGGCUGGGAUCAGCGAUGUCCUCUCCAUGAGGUUCAAGGUGGCUCAGCAAAUGCGCAGAUCCUAACCAGGACUGUCUGCAUGGGAAGAGGCUCUCCUGGAAGCAUCUAGUGGACAGACACAGAAGCUUGUCCUGUACCUUGAACAGUUGUGUGCCACAAGACACACAACCCAUGAACUCCAAAGGACUUUGAGCCUUCAUGGAGACUUCGUCCUCCUCUAUGUUCAGGAACCUAGGGUCCAGCCCAGCGUGGGGCAGAUAGCUAAUACUCAAACCAUACCUUGGGACUGUUGAUGAGAAGUGUCCUGGACAGCUGGGGAGGGACAUGGGCUGAUUCUCACCGUGUGCAUUCUUCUGAUGCUCUGAGCUUUACCAGUGUAUUGCCUUGUAAUAAAAAGUAUAAACUAAUUAAAAUGGUGCUGUAUGAGCUGAAGCUCACCCAUGCUAUGAAAAAAGGUGUCUAUGUAACAAUAAAUCACCUUCAGAAAGAA